GGAGUUAUGCCACACUAAGCGUUUUUAGUCUAGUGUCAUUCGAACGGUGAAACAAACAUAACAAGCUUAACACUGCAGUCUGCGAACACAACAUUGGCAAGACCGAUUUCUUCCAUUCUAUAACGAGUAUUUAUUUACGAUUUGCAUGUGUGUACAUAGUCUGCUCGUACUGCCCAGAGAUUGUCUGAACAGAAAUUUCCAGGUGUUCUAAUCCCGAGUCGUCAUGAAAUUGACAAAUUAGUGAAUAAAUUUUGUGUAACGGGAAAAGUUAAUGACAAGGAGUGUCAUCUCGUUGACACUGCACACUACCUGGAAAAUUCCCCUAAGAAGUCUCUUACACAUAUUUCACUUCUAAAGCAAAUUUCUUGCACAUCUGUACACAGAGCUGCUAAGUUACUUGGGCUAAGGCCCUGUAAAGUAAGAAUAGAGCAAGAACUUAAACCUGGUGAUCCCAUGCAUAUGGUUAGCUUUUGCGAACAGGUUUUCAGACAUGUGCAUGACGGUGAACUGGAUCUUUAUCUAAUUGUGUUUUCAGACGAGGUCUUCUUCCAUUUGCAUCGGUAUGUUAAUUCCCAAAACUGUUGACAGACCUAUUCUGCUUCUCGAGAAACCCCUUCACGACCAGAAAAUAGUGGUGACACAGUAACAGUCCUAAUGAAACAGGUAACAGUGAAAGAUAAGUGCAAAACAUUUUGCAACCCGUUUUUUCAAUGAAAUGAGUAAAACAGAAUGAAGCUUGGCAUUUUUUCAACAAGAUUUGGGAAGGGCCAACACAGCCAAUGUUCGUUUGUACGCAGUUCACGUUGUGUUCCAUGACAGAGUCAUAAGCAACAACAUCUGGCCCGCUUGAAGUUCCGAUUUAUCUCCGUGUGAUUUCUGUUUGCUGAGCGGGAAGGGUUGGGGGCACUUAUGCGAUAAAGUGUACACAACAAUUCCGCAACGGUACAGGAACUCAAGAAUAAUAUCUGCAAGUCAAUUAAUUCUAUUUCCCAACAGAAUUCAACCAUCUGAUGAAUAAUUUUCUUGAGUUGUCAGAAACGCGUGGAAACUAUGGCAGGUUAUUCCAGCAUCUUCUUAUGUGGCAUUGGCCUCUACACGCCCAAGUAUCUGAAACGUUACCAAGCAGCAGCAGUGAACUCUUUUCAAGCGGACUUUUGUGUCAGGAAUCUAAAAACAACCAUGAAAAGUGCACGAGGUCUUUCAAGAAUAUAUAAGGUGUAUAAUGAUUUACUCACAAAACAUCCUGUCAAAGUUCAGUCAAUACAGACAGCAAUACUCUGUGGCACUGGAGACAUAAUUGCGCAGACUGCUAUUGAAAAGAAGAAGCUCAGUGAAUUUGAUGUAAAAAGAUUUGCUUCAUUUUUUGCAUUUGGAGGAAUCUUUGUUGGUCCCACAUUACGAAUGUGGUUUGGAAUUCUUGAUACAAAAGUGAAAGGAAGUCAUUAUGCUGUUGUGGCUCAAAAAGUUUUAUUGGACCAGUGUAUAAUGGCACCUUUCCUUUUAUUGCUGACCCUUUCUGUCCUUAACAUAUGUUCAGGGAAAAGUUUAGCUGAAGUUAAAGAAAAGUUGGGAGCUGAUUAUGGGAGUAUUUUGAUAACAAACUAUAAAGUAUGGCCUGCUGUCCAGCUUAUAAACUUUGGCUUCGUACCUGUGAACUUCCAGGUACCUGUCACACAAGUUGUGGGUGUUGGUUGGAACACUUACCUUUCCUGGAAGGCUCAUCGACCACCACAAAAGCCUGCUGUAGAGUGAGGUGAGUAACUGCUUGAAACGUGCAUUGUGUCACAGAUGCAGGAUGGAGGAGGGGGGAGGCAACACAACAACUGUGGAUUACAUGAACAUUAUUGCAGACCACGUGCACUCCUUCAUGACUGAGGUCUUCUCCAAUGGCAACGCCUUUCAGCAUGAUAACUGUCUGCGUCUCAAGGCCAGAAUCAUGCUAUAGUGGUUUGAGGAGGGUAGUGAAAAUUCAGAUCGUGGCCACCACAUUUAUUUGGUCUGAAGCUGAUGGAACACAUCUGGGAUGUUAUUGGUUUCCAGCUCCACACCCACAAAUGCCCAACCCCUCAUUUACAGGAAUUUUGUGACCUGUGUGUAGACUUCUGGUGACAAAUAUCUCUGGAAACAUACCACAGACUUAUUGAAUCCAUGUUGCAAUGAAUCACACUUGUGUUGCAUUCCAAAGGUGAACCAACAUGCAUGGUCUUAAUGUUUUGGCACAUCACCAUUGAUGUGUCAGUGUGAAGUGCUUAUAAUAUCUUCAGAUGCAGAUUGCAAUAAUGUUCCGUAUUGAGCAAUUGGAUAAAAACGUACUUGAUUAGAAGCAAAAUGGAUGUUUGAUAACCCAACCCCUUAUACACUCAGUAGCACGUUAUGACUUACUCUUGUUCUAAAGAAAUUAUACUCAUCUUAAAUGUGAUUCUAUUUGAAAUUUCAGAUUAUCUGUGUGAGUGUGGUAUUCAAGCAGAAAGAAGCUACUGUUGCAAACUACUAGGGCUCUGUCCAUAAGUGAGAAAGUGUCUGACAACUUGUACUUUUUGAUACAUUGCGAAUAAACAUUUUAAAUCAA